CGCCGCGAGGCCUCGUCGGAGAAGCAACCCUGACCCUGAGGUAAGCCACCCUUUCCCGGUUCGCAGUCGCCUCCUCGACCUGACACCCUGGAGAGAAACAAUCCCUUCAUUUCCAUCUCUCUUCGCUCACUGCAUCCAUCUGUUGCUGCCGCUGGUUCUUGCGUUUUCAGGAUGGCGACUCUGAGGAGCCUCAAGAUCAAGACCUCGACGUGCAUGAGGGUGGCCAGGGAGCUGCGGUCGUACGAGGAGGUGGUGGGGAGGGAGGCGGCCAAGACCGCCGUCAUGAAGAACAGAGGCGCCGAUCUUGACGACCUCAAGCAGCAGCAGGAGAAUGUCUUGGCUGAGUCAAGGAUGAUGGUCCCAGACUGCCAUAAGAGACUUGACGCCGCAGUGGCAGACCUGAAAGCAACUCUGGCCGAAUUGAUGAGAUAGCAGAGGCGGAGAGCGACCAGAGGUUGAAACUCUAAGCCAACUGGAUAUUAACUUGGAAUUCAAAACCUUUGUUUUGUUGAAAUGUCAGCAGUCAUCUUGAUUUGUAUUGUUGAUAUAUCAGAAACUCAUUCCGUGAGAUGUUUCAUAUGAGUUCGUGUAUCCAUUGACUGAUGAGCCUGACUUCUAAGAUAC